ACUGCACAGCAACUGGAUACGAGAAAGAAGGCAACAAUUUUCGCCAUUCUCUGCAACAUGGCCAGCUACGGUCAUAGCGCACCGAUCUUGGAGUAUUCUGGCGAGACCGGUCAACUAGUGGAGGAUCCGGAAUUCAACCUGUUAGUAGAAAACAGCCAGAGUUUGACCAAGAAGGUGUUGGAUGCUAUUCCUGAGACACACAAAUCGUGCAUUCAUUCUGAGACCCUGAUUCUUAACUCGACAAGUGAGAACAGGAAACUACAAUACCUGGCGAUCAACCUUGGCAUCCCCUCUGCUCCCACACUCAAAGCCUUGACAGAUAACUUUACCUUGGAGACCUGUCUGAGUCGUAUGUCGGAGGGACUGCAGCUGCACCAGGAUCUGCUAAGAGCUGUCGUACAACGCCUGGCCAACACAGAGAGCCUCACUGCACUGCUGACUGAUAUCAGAGAUCUCCGUGUCCAGAUCAACAGGAUGCUGAAAGCAGUCCAAGUGGUGGAGAGCCCUGUGGCGGUGCAGCCCACAGCCACAACAAGCCUGGCCUCUCAUCUCACUGGGGACUAUGAGGUUCAGGUAGCCACACAUCUGACCCUGGUGCAGCUCCAAAGCUUUGGGCAGGACAUAGUCCGCAGUCUAAGGAACAUAGCCCAAGCCAAUCGGGAGAGGGAUUGACCCAAA